AGAUGAUAUACAAUGAAGUGACAGAAAUUGUAACACUGAAUGUUAAAUUAAUCAUUUGAAAAUUGUUUCCAAAUUAUAAGUUUAGAUUUUUAAUCGAUUGGUAGCGUUUCCUCUGCCAUUAUCCAAUCUGGCGAUGUUUAAGCAAACAUGCACUCAUUUGGCCAAGUUGCCCAAAGCUGAUGUGAUUCAAUGGCUGAAUAGCUUCGAAUCGAUCAUCACUGAUGCAGAUGGAGUACUCUGGCAUUUUGAUAAGACCAUCGAUGGAUCCGUGGAGACCUUUAAUUUGAUGCGGGCCAAGGGUAAACAGACUUUUGUUGUAACCAACAAUGCAUCACAGCUGACAGCAAAAAUCCAAAAGAAAGCAACAGACUUUGGAUUUGAAUUGAAAGAGGAUCAAGUGCUUACAUCCAGUCUGGCCGUAGCCAAUUUUUUGAAGGCAAAGAAAUUUCAGAAAAAAGCUUAUGUGCUGGGGGAAGAGGGAAUCGUCCAAGAACUGGUUAAAGCUGGCAUCUGCGGAACUACCAAAACCCCAGAGAGGAAUCCGAAAGAGCCAAUGGUUGAAUAUGCCAAGAAUAUGUCAUUAGACCCCGAUGUGGGUGCUGUCAUCGUGGGUAAAGAUGAUGACGUUACAAUCCCAAAGAUUAUGAUGGCUUGCUCAUAUUUGGUGAAUCCUCGAGUAAUAUUCCUGGCAACUUGCCUGGAUUCCGCCUAUCCUGUGGGCAAGGGUAUAAUAGUAGGAGCAGCGGCUAUGGUAUCUGCUGUUUCGGUUAUUUGUGGGCGCAAGCCUCUUAUUCUGGGUAAACCUAAUCCCACCAUGGUUGCCGAACUGCAGAACAAGGGAGUUAUUAAGCCCGCUACCACGCUAAUGGUAGGCGACACCCUGCAAACAGACAUUUUGCUGGCCCACAAUUGUGGCUUUCAAUCGCUCUUCGUUGGCUCAGGCGUUAACAGUCUGGAUGAUGUCAAGGAACUUCAAGAGAGUGGGGAUGAGAAGAAAAUGGUUCUGGUACCAGAUACGUAUGUACCCUGUUUAGCAGAUUUACAAGCAUAUUUGUGCGAAGGCGGCGAAAAAUCAGUCAAGCCUAAAUAACUUCGAAAUACGGUUUACAAAUUUUUCAAAUAACAUUUUAGUUUGUCGAAAUA